AAGUUUUAUAUAUCCUGCCAAAUCCUCAGUUCCAAAUCAUUUUAUGUUAUAUAUAAUAUACAUUUACAAGUUUUUUGUUUCUGUCUUUAUUCUCACAAUUAGAUUACAAAACGAGGAAUAACCAAAACAGAGGGCAGCUUAUAAGAGAACUGGAUAUCCCUCUUGGAAGGAGAGAAAAGAGAUGGUGAGGUUGAGAGAAACAGAAGUGAUCCUGAGACUCUGUAUCGUCUUUCUUCUUAUACUCACUUCUAUUCUGAUUGGUUUGGAUUCUCAGACCAAAGAUAUUGCUUAUAUCCACAAGAAAGUCACUUUCAGAUACUUGUUUGCUCUGGAGGUUGAGUUGUACAUAAAUGCUGUGGUUGCUGCAUAUAAUAUCGUUCAGUUAGGAUUUGGUUGGUACGGUGUUGCACAAAAAAACUCCAAUUCUAAAUGGCUCUCUUACCUCUUGGAUCAGACGGCGGUGUACGUGGUGUUCGCCGGGGCAUCUGCGGCGGCACAACACUCAUUGCUUGUGGUGACUGGUUCGAAGGAGCUUCAGUGGAUGAAGUGGUGCUACAAGUUCACAAGGUUCUGCUUUCAGAUCGGAAGUGCAAUUAUCUUAAACUACAUCGCAGCGGUGCUCAUGAUCAUCCUCUCCUUCAUCUCCUCCUUCAGUCUCUUCCGCCUCUAUUCCCCUAAACGUUAUUUUCAGUUUAAGUCCUCUUAAUUAUUUACUAGGUUAAAUCCUUUUCUUGAUCUAAAAUAAUGUUGAUUAAUGCGAAGAAUAUGAUUAUUGUUCGUCUCUAAAUUAUAAUUCUGUAUCUUUAAGUAAAUGCAAAAUUUACUUACAUAAAUAUCGUUAGUCCUGCCACUCAAAUAACCUCUCUCUAGAAAAGCUCUGUCUUCUCUCCUUGCCUCCGAUCAAAAUAUCUGUUGUCUGACCGACGUUGGUUGGCUCUCUUAGCAACGGCGUCGGUCGGAUCUUGUUUAUUUCUUUGCUCUGUUUCCUUUUUAGUUUGUUUAUAUCCUUUUGAUCAAGCUUUGCUUUUAAAAAUUUCAAUUCUAGAUCUGGAUCGAUUCCGUGAGAGUGGUUCUUUGGGUUGUGGUUUGGUUGCAUCCAUUCUGAGACCUCGCUUCAUUGCUAUUGUUGAUUAUCCUUGGCUUUAGGUCAUCGGAUCUGAGAUCUAGGGUUUCUUGGUCUGCUCCGCCUCUUUCUCCAUGUUAAUCCUCUCUAGUUUCGCCGGUGUUAUUGUCAGCGCUGUUGGUGAAGAAAACGGGUUCAGGAGGAACGCUCAUCCUUGAAUCGUUGCAACGGUUCGGUUAUCUCGUUUGCCGGUUUCUUCUUCUGUUACAGAGGAUCUCCGGCUUCUUUCUUUGGAUGUGGAGCUUAUGCUCUUUGAUCAUCUCGUCGUUUGGAAGUCGUCAGGUAAAAGAAAGGUCUUCUCUGAGACUUCCUUGGAGUUCCAGUUCGGUUUGGCUCAGGGCUCCUAUUGUGGGUUAGUGUGGGUUGGAGCAUUAAUAAGAGUCUUGCGUUUGGUCUCCAUCAAUAAUUACGACUUGGGAAGGUGGUGUUCCUUCAUGUCCUCCUUAUCCCGUUUGUUCUUAGCCUUUUAGUUGCUGUUUGUGGUUAGAUCUGAACUGUAUUUUUAAAGUAUUAGCUUGUAUGACUGUUUAUAGUUUCUGGGGACUUG